AUGAUGCAAAGUGAAUCCACCGAAGAUUUGACGACACCUGUGGGGACCUUGAUCAGUGGUGACGCGGAGGACGACGUGGUUCACCGGAAGCCUCCAAUAGUUGAGACCAUCCUCAACGAACUCGGCUUCGGCCGGUACCAGAUGAGGAUGAUUGUCAUCCUCGGAGUAGCCCACUCCACCGACACCAUGGAGACCAUCAUCCAGGCCAUUCUCGGACCCAGUCUGCGCUGUGAUUGGCGCCUCACAGCAGACUACGUGGCCCUCCUGACUACGCUCGUUUUCCUCGGCAGCUGCAUUGGAGCCGUUCCACUGGGCUACGCCGCAGACGUCUACGGACGCCAGUCGGUGUGUCUGCUUUCCUGUCUGACCUUGAUGUACCUCUCCUGGCUGUGCGCGAUCUCCCCCACCUACGCCUGGAUAGCCUCACUCAGAUUCCUUUCCGGCAAUUUCAUUGGUGGCGUCCUGACAUCUGGAAGUUCCCUGCUCUCUGAGACAAUGCCCUCCAAGCACCAGGCGCCAGCGCAGUUGAUCACGAACAACUUUGAGGCCUUGAUUGGCGUUCUGACAGCUGCCAUCGGUCUUGGCUGCCAACGUGGUGGACUGAAUUGGCGAUUCUUCGUCUUCUUCACCACGGCACCAUUGGCACUCUGCGCCAUCUGUCUCUCCUUCUUCACCCUCGAAUCUCCCGUCUACUUGUACAGCAAGAAGAGGACCCUGGAAGCUGCGCAGGUGCUCGAUAAGAUCGCCGUGGUCAACCGUCGUGUGCCAGAACACAUCCAGAUAACCAGUGAUGCGCAAGAGCAGGCCACCACGGAGUCAGUCGUCUCUGGUAUGUCGUACUUCGCUCGAAUUAAGGAGGUUGAUGAGACUGAGGACUUUCGGGUUUCAAGAAUCGGCAUCAAGGAGAUUUACACUCUGUUGCUACGACGACGACCUUGGCUACUUAUGCUGCUGUUAAUCCUGAACUUCCUCUGGGGAUUCCUCAUCUACGGAGGAACAACCAUCCUGCCUGUGGAAUUAGCCACUAGCCCACGAACCUGCCUACAAGACAUAGGCACGUCGAACACAACGAGCUUCCUUCCGACCGAUCAGCUUCCAACCAAAGAGUCUUUCGAAUGCUGCAAACCCCUACGAGAAGACGGCUAUCUCUCCCUGCUCACCUCGGCAAGCGGAGGUCUUUUUAGUCUCCCCAUAGCCUACACCUUCAUGACCUUAUUGGGUCAUCGCUGGGCUCAGGUGGUCGCUUUCCUGCUCACCGGUGUCCUCCUCUUUGUUGAGGUUCGUUGUCAUUCUCCUUUCUCAUUAUAA